AUGCCAACAGGAAGUCACUGGGCAGCAAAUUCUUCCAAGGUCAUAUCUUGGCUGUUGGAGUUACUUGGAAGAGAAGAAAAAACUGACACCAUGACAAAAGUAAAAAGAGCUCGGUCUACUUCCCCUCCAGAUGGAGGCUGGGGCUGGAUGAUUGUGGCUGGUUGUUUCCUUGUUACCAUCUGCACCCGGGCAGUCACUAGAUGUAUCUCAGUUUUUUUUGUGGAGUUCCAGACGUACUUUGCUCAGGACUAUGCACAAACAGCAUGGAUUCAUUCCAUUGUAGAUUGCGUGACCAUGCUCUGUGCACCACUUGGGAGUGUUGUCAGUAACCACUUAUCCUGCCAAAUGGGAAUCAUGCUGGGUGGCUUGCUUGCAUCUACUGGUUUCAUCCUGGCCUCAUUUGCCACUAGUCUGAAGCAUCUCUACCUCACUCUGGGAGUCCUUACAGGUCUUGGAUUUGCACUGUGUUACUCUCCAGCCAUUGCCAUGGUUGGCAAAUAUUUCAACAGACGGAAAGCCCUUGCUUAUGGGAUCGCCAUGUCAGGGAGUGGCAUUGGCACCUUCAUCCUGGCUCCUGUGGUUCAACUCCUUAUCGAACAAUUUUCCUGGCGAGGAGCAUUACUCAUCCUUGGGGGUUUUGUGUUGAAUCUCUGUGUUUGUGGUGCCUUGAUGCGGCCAAUUACUCUUAAAGAAGACCAUACAACUCCAGAACAGAACCAGAGACGAGACUUUGAGCAACCAUCUCCCUAUUCACCUUUGACCAAGAAAUGGCUGCAGACCUGCCCUUGUCGCUGUCUGCAGGAGGAAUACAGCUUUUUACUGAUGUCAGACUUUAUUGUUUUAGCCGUCUCUGUUCUGUUUAUGGCUUAUGGCUGCAGCCCUCUCUUUGUGUACUUGGUGCCUUAUGCUUUGAGUGUCGGAGUGAGUCACCAACAAGCGGCUUUUCUUAUGUCCAUCCUUGGGGUGAUUGACAUUAUUGGCAAUAUCACUUUCGGAUGGCUAACUGACAGAAGGUGUCUGAAGAAUUACCGGUAUGUUUGCUACCUCCUUGCUGUGGGACUAGAUGGGCUCAGCUAUCUCUGCCUCCCGAUGCUUCAAAGCUUCCCUCUGCUCGUGCCUUUUUCUUGUACUUUUGGCUACUUUGAUGGUGCCUAUGUGACCUUGAUCCCAGUAGUGACUGCAGAAGUGGUGGGGACCACCACUUUGUCAUCAGCACUUGGCGUGGUGUACUUCCUUCAUGCAGUGCCAUACUUGGUGAGCCCACCCAUCGCAGGCUGGCUGGUAGAUACGACUGGCAGCUACACUGCAGCGUUUCUUCUAUGUGGAUUUUCAAUGAUAUUUAGUUCUGUAUUGCUUGGCUUUGCUAGACUCGUAAAGAGAAUGAAAGAAACCCCACUGCGGUUCCUUGCCAAAGAAUCUGAUCCCAAGCUGCAGCUAUGGACCAAUGGAACGGUGGCUUAUUCUGUAGCAAGAGAAUUAGAUCAGAGAGAUGGAGAAUCUGUGGCUACAACAGUGCCUGGUUACAGCCCCAUAUGACCAAUGGCCUUGAGCCUGGGAAUCUUCAGGGUUGAGAGAGUUGGGGCCAUCAGAUGAUUCAUGUUUCUGAAGCAUUUUAUUUUGGCAGAAGUAUUUCCUUCCAAGGAAAUUAUUAUUGUUGUUUUGUUGAAAUAUUUAUAAGGGAAAAUAUCAAAAAUACUAAGCUAGACUAGCCUGGGGUUUCCUUAUAUGGCAUUUGUACUCCAAUUCAAUGUGGAUGGAGAUGAGGACAGUGACAUAAUUAGCUGUAAUUUGAGGUAAUUUCAAGGCAUAACCAAAGCAGAUAACACUGGGUUGCAGCCUUGUCAUUCCAAAGCCUCCACAUCUCCCUCUUCCCUCCUCAGUGAGACGGCAAAUGGAAACACUGACCUGUAGGUUCACUUACCUUGUGCUACUUGGAAAAGCGGGGUCAGUUUGAGUGUGGUAUGGAGAGUGAAGAUGCACACUUUUUCAUGGUGGAGGUCCUCAUUCGGGUUUUUAAUAGAGAGUUAAAGAAUACUUGAUAUUCUUCCAAAGGCAAUGCAAUGAUUAAUAUAAAGAGACUGGCUUCUCCUCAGUCUUACUUAGUCUUCAGCCAGUCCUCAUCCCUGUCAAUGGGUAGAUAUCGCUUUGAGAACCCAAAGACUCAUGGAAUGGAUCUGAAAGCCUGGCUGGUAAGAUCUUCUAUUUGAACUUGUUCUCUAGAAAGGGAAAGCGCUUUUCCUAAGACUGUACCCAGGGACUCACCUCCAUUACUAUCACAUGUAUUGCUGACUCCAAAUUUAGUAGAACACCCACACCACGUUGCAAGGGCAACCCAUCAGUCUUGCUUGAAAUGUUAACAACAUAAAAACUCCCUCACCCCCACUUGUUUUUCCUUCAAGAAAAAAAAAAGUUCUUAUUUAAACUACAGACACAUUCCUAUUAGGAACAGAAAAAUGUUGACAACAUUCCAACUGGGCAGGAAUUGAAUUCCUGAAUCAGCAGGUCUCUGAGAGAGUUUUCUUUGCAGUUUAGAUAAUUAGGGUCAUCAUUAUCCAAAAGAGGAUUUGAAAGAUUUUACCUGAAAAACAUUAUCCUGAUGAUUUUCCAAUGAUUUUCCUUUGCCCCCGUGUUAAUUCUUGUUCCAAUGUCUGUCAACCUUCAUUCCUUAUAGUUAAUAAUUAGAACUUAACUCAUUGGAUUAUAAUAGUUUAUUCCUUACCAUAUACUCCACUUUUGUAUGGGUUGGGAUAGUCUUCAGAUUGAAGAGGGAGGGCAUGGAGAGAGAAAGGAAAGGCCAAGUUCCCUCACUUGUCUUUAAUUGUUUGAAAUAUACAGAAUUGUAAACUUUACUCCUAAAUCAUGUCAUACCCAUAAGUAGGUAAAAUUAUGCAAUUAAAAGAAGAAAUCCAAACUUCAAGAAAAUAUUUUGACCUUGAAAGCCUUUUAAUCCACUGUCUCGCAUGAGACCUCACAAGUGCCCUGUCAGGUGUACUGGAAGAAAAAAAAUCAAUGAGGAAGGUCCUAGGUAGACUGAGCUUGCUUAGCAAGAGUCCUUGCCUAGCAUUGGAUUAUUUCACAAAAUCACACGUUUAAAACAUUGUUUUUGGAAUAAAAUCCAAAUGAUGGGAGAAAAUGGUAAUGUUUCAUAGUUGUUUUCCAAAGAGAAAUUUGAAUAUUUUCUGUUAUCUCCUUCGUCUGAGAAUUUCAUUUUGAAUCCAUUUAUUUUGUCAUUUGUCAUUCUUUUAAAAAUUUGGAAAAUAUAUGUAAGAUGUCAAUGUUAAAAUGAAGGUACACUUGUUGAAACAGCACUUUACCCAAAUGUUAUUUCUUAAAUCUUCAUGCUCAAGAAUUUUUUGAAAUAUGAAUAGCUAUAAAUAUGAGGAUACUUCAAAGAGUUCAUGGAAAAUUCACAUUAUCUUUUAUUCCCAUUCUUGCACAGCUUUUUGAAGUCCCUUUAUAUUCUUACACAUUUUUUAAUAGGAAUAAUCACAAUGCGAUUUUGUUUAUGAGGUUCUGCAGUAUAACUUCUCUAAAGUAUUAUAACUGAAAAAUUAACAUAAUGAUCAGAAAUUUUUAAGUAUUUGUAUAAAAAUGUUUGGAAUAGUUUGUACACAUGCACUGAUUUGCAAUUUACUUUCUCUCUUGGAGCAGCAUUUUUAGAAAAUCAGUAAGGAAAAUGUUGAUCUUCAAGUCUACCAUUUUUGGCAUCUACAUAAAAUUGUACUGUUUCAUGUGCCUAUUCUGUUUGUUUCGAAUGAGGAAUUAAUGAUAAUGAUAUAUUUUGUAAAAUUAAAACAGAAGUAUAGCAGGAUGUUUCUACAUCUUAAAUAUUUCUUUAUACCACUACAAACUCUACUUUGGAAUUGAUGGAGUGGAGCAGCAGAAGAAAUUAUCUAACUUUUAUAAAUACAUUGUACCAUUGGGGCCUUUGUUCAGAUUGUAAUUUCACAAAUAGAUCUGCUAUUUAUGCUAAUACUUUCUUAUUUAAAAAGCAAAAUAAAGUGAGUUUAUGGUCAU